AAUGCAUUUCGGAUAGUGGGGGAAAAAAUGAAAUGUUAGCCAUGUUAUGAGGUCAACUUAAAUCCGACGUAAUCAAGGUUGGCGCUAAAUGAUAGAAUGAAAAUUCGAUGCCUGUACCAAGAAUGAAUGAGGUUUCUUGGGACAACAGCCAAGGAAUGUUGACAAAUGCAAGAGAAAUGGCGGGUGCCCGACAAAGCACGGGUACUCGCUCCCAAGACGAUGCAAUGGUAGAAUACUUCUUUCAGCGACCUCAUUCAGAUACAGAAUUAAUGGGUGCAUAUCCGAACAAGCGUUGGGCGGUCGGAGAUGAUAGUGUCAUCGAACAACGAAAUGUACCAGGACAAGAACUUGAUAAAGAUUUCCAGGCAUUAUCACUGUCCAGAGAGAUAAAUCCUUCCAAGAAGAUCUGGGAUGUUGGGGAUGAUCCCAAUAAAGGUGGAGAUGUGAACAAGCCUGGGAUAUUUACCAACCACCCAUGGACCACACGGGACGACACAUGGUCGGGACCACAAGGGAAGUACCGCAGCCUGGGUCAUUACCCAGAAUUCCCAAAGUCAGAUACUUCUCUAGGAGUGAACAUUGUGGAGUAUGUUUUGGGCGGUUCCCCGAGAAAGGAGAUGGGUCAGAUGGACGGACGAUUGAACCGAAUGAAGCAGAACUAUGUGAACGUGACCCAGCAGGACCCGAGCAUCGUGGAGGCGAGUACGGAGAAGAAAAGCAAGACGCCGUCCCCAUUUGAAGGUGAAGGUGAGAGGAGCGACGACAAGGACGGGCAGCAGAACGGUAUUCUACAGAACGGGCUAGACGACUCCGCUGCCGCAUUCAGAAAUGGGAGUCGACAGAACUCGCCCACUGGUGAUGACGUAGUGGCACCGACCAUGGUGAUGGAUGUUCCCAAGAUGCCGAUGAAAUCGGAGAACGAUUUCCUUGAGAACCCGCCAAUGGUCCACUCCCACCAGCCUGGUUUCCAGCUCGACCCACCGCAGUUUGAACCUGUGGGCAUCGACCCCGUACAGUUUGACUAUGGCAAUCAGCUGAUGCCAUCUAUGGACAGUCCGAACUUCAACAACAUGGACUACAACCAGCUCCUACAGAGACAGCAGCAGCCCAUAGCGGUGUUGACGCAGCAGCAGUACGCGUUGGCCACACAGCAGCAACAGCUUGGCCUGGGUCCCACCACGGCCAUAGCGCCUCCCCCGUAUGUCCUCAGUGCACAAGACCCGUAUGCAGUCGGGAUACCUAUCGCAGGUCCCACCGUGAUCCAUCCACAGUACUACAGUGUGCAGACGCCAUGGGGUAUCUACCCGGCCAAUCUGAUUCAACAACCCCAAGGCCAGCAGACGCCCCAGAACAUGCCCCAGGGCCAACAGAUGAUGCGAGGACAAACCAAUGGUCGACCUCUGACCCCGUCACAGCAGAACGAACCAAUGGGCACGCCAACAUUACAGGCACAAAAUGCAGGGUAUCAGAUUCUGGCCCCAGCGUAUUACGAUCAGAACGGUCAGCUGGUCAUGGGUAACCCACGUGGUCUCGGAACGCCCGUUCGUCUCGUGUCGCCCGCACCAGUACUGGUGGCUGGCACAAACCAGCAGGGAGGCGGGAACAACCCACUGCGGCUGCUGACCACCCAAGCGCAGCAGGUUCAGAAUUCCCCAGUUGUACUGUCAAGCAGCAGUUCGUCUCAGCAAAACAAUACUUUGGGCUACACUCCGUCUAGCAGCCUGGGCUAUACCCAGGCCACCACGAGCCUCUUCACCCCCAUAGCCACCAAUUUAAACGUCGGCCAGCAGACCACGUAUGCCAACAACAGCAUGAGCAAUCUGGGCUCUUCCACUCCAGGGGCCAUUGGAUCAGAAAUGGAUCAGAUGACACCCGGAGCAGGUUGGUCAUCCCACAGGUCCUAUGGAAGUGGCCAGCGCCGUGACUCGUACGACAUCAAGAGGCAACAGCUGCCUCCACUGGGCGGUUACUACAGCCAGCUCGCUGGUAUGGGUUCACCAGCAGGCCCAGGCGCCAUGAUGCAGCCUGGCCCGUCCAUGACCCCGCCACCAUCUCUUUCCGGAUCAUCCUCGAAUCUCACACUUGGUGAAUGGGGCCUUAGUGGCGCUGGCAGGUCGUACUCUGCAGCCCCAGGAGCGGAGGCCAAGUACCGCGGUGGUCUCAUAUCACCAGCCAAUGGCCUGUUUGGCAGCACUUUCUUCCCAAACAGAAACCUGGCUUCCAGAAGUGCUAGUUUGUGUAAGGAGGUUACUGGAAGAAGCCGUUUGUUGGAAGAUUUCCGAAACAAUCGCAUCCCAAAUCUACAACUUAAAGAUCUCACAAACCAUGUGGUAGAGUUUUCACAGGAUCAGCAUGGAUCGAGAUUUAUUCAGCAGAAGUUGGAGCGUGCUACCCACCCGGAAAAGGCCAUGGUGUUUGGUGAGAUCCUGACUGCAGCAUACAGUCUGAUGACUGAUGUGUUUGGCAACUACGUCAUUCAGAAGUUUUUCGAGUUCGGCUCGAGCGACCAGAAGCAGACGUUGGCACAGAGAGUGCGGGGCCAUGUUCUGCCUCUAGCUCUACAGAUGUACGGCUGUCGCGUCAUUCAGAAAGCACUCGAGUCGAUUCCAGCUGAUAUGCAGGUUGAGAUCGUGAAGGAGCUUGACGGGCACGUGUUGAAGUGUGUGAAGGAUCAGAACGGGAACCACGUCGUACAGAAGUGCAUCGAGUGUGUCGACCCCAAACACCUCCAGUUCAUCAUCGACGCUUUCAAAGGCCAAGUGUUCACUCUGUCGACACAUCCGUACGGGUGUCGCGUGAUUCAGCGUAUACUGGAGCACUGCACUCAGGAGCAGACGACUCCGAUCCUAGAGGAGCUACACGAACACACGGAGCGGCUGGUUCAGGACCAGUACGGGAACUACGUUAUCCAGCACGUGUUGGAGCACGGCCGCGCCGACGACAAGAGCACCAUCGUUGCCAUGAUCCGCGGCAAGGUCCUACUGCUGAGUCAGCACAAGUUCGCCAGUAACGUUGUUGAGAAGUGUGUUUCACAUUCAUCACGGGCUGAGAAAGCUAUGCUGAUUGAGGAAAUUUGCUCAGUGAAUGAUGGUGCCUUGUACACAAUGAUGAAGGACCAGUUUGCGAACUACGUCGUACAGAAGAUGAUCGAUGUCGCAGAGCCACCACAGCGUAAGGUUCUCAUGCACAAGAUCCGCCCGCACAUUGGAACUCUUCGCAAGUACACGUACGGCAAACACAUUCUUGCCAAACUGGAGAAGUUUUUCCUGAAGAACAGCUCGGACCUUGGACCCAUUGGUAUGCCCCCUAAUGGGGCCUUGUCUUGAAGAUCCGGAUUGUAAUGUCGGCAUCAUGCGCAUGCUCCUUCACAUCCCUAGAUGGUUCUCUUUAUAUUCUUAGUUUCACGUUAUUUGGUGUAUUUACUUGUUUGUCAAUUUGAAUAUAAUACACACUGUUUGAUAAUGUAAUUGGACUGUGUUGAAUUGUGAAAUCUGUAAUCAUCAUUGCUAAUCAAGAUGUGUAAAUCAAUAUUAAUAAGGUGUUGAUGCUUGUGGAUAUUUAAUUCAUUAAGGUAUUGAAGUCAUAGAAGUAAUAGUUACAAUCAAAUGUCUAAAGCUAGAAAUACACACAGUAACUACUUGGUACUAUCUGUCCGUUAGGCCAGGAAAGAUGAUGUAUGAUUUACUAAAAAUAAUGUUUAAUGUUAAGAAUGCAUUUGUUUGACAGUUGGUAAAUGUUUGACACCCUAUAGCCGAUGAUUAAUAAAUCAAUAUGCUCUAGUGGUGGUGUUAAACAAAUUUAAUUUUUAAUGGGUCUUAGGAUCAAUUACCUUUGGUGAAAUCAGUUUUACUUUAAUCUGUGCCACAUGACUGGUAUAUAAAAGGCCAUGGUAUGUGCUCUCCUGUCAGUGCAAUAGUACAUAUUAACGGUCAGAUGUGGUAGUGGGUUUUCUCAUUUUCUAGACAGGUGUUGAAAUAAUCGUAAGUUAGAUACCAAAUAGCCAUUGUGUAAAAAUACUUAUUAUAGUACAGUUGAUAAUAUUUUUAUAAUUUUCUCAAAUUGUUUGUUGCAGAAUGUUGACUUGAUUAAAGACUGAUACCAGUCUGUUGUGUUAUAAACAACUUUGGUAACACAAUUUUGGAGCUGUUUGGUCAAUCAUUUGCAUUUAUUUGAUAUUCGUCCUAAAUUUGUUUGUAGUGAAAUCAGGUGGCUUUUUUAAUGCACAUGAUAAUCUGGAUAACUUAGUCUGUUUGAGAUCAUACAUCGAUCAGUGUAUCAUUCCAGUGACAUCUUUGGAUGUGAAGUUGAGUUGGCCAUGCUUGACCCCCGUUUUUUCACUCUUUUAUUGGAGUUAUUCAAGUGGAACAUGUAUGUUUUUACAAUUUUUGCUAUCUUGUUUUUAUUUGUAUUCGUUAAUUUUUCAUCCUUUAAAAGGAGCAUUAAUCAAAUUGUAGCUUACAAUUUUUGGAGAAAACUCAUGAAAAUUUCUUCAUGAUUUUGACUUAUUCUUGCUGUUUGUGGUUUUUUGGGGUAUUCCAUUGGCUCCUGCAAUUAUCAUGGCAUGCUGGCACCAACAGGGUAAUAAUGCAUAUUUAGGGUUUACGUUGUUCACCAAAUUCAAGUUUAGUUAGCAGUAAAAAGGAACCAAUGAAUUGGCAUAUAGAGAGAAUAGUACAUGAGGCUGUUGGAUACCAAUUAUUUCAUGAGUUGUUUUAGAAUGUAUCUACUGAGUGAAAGCGAGUUUGAUACAUUUUUAAACAACGAGUUGUGAGAUAAAUGGUAUCUAACAGUAACGAAUGUAUUAUUCUAUUUCUUACAUAUCCUCAAAAACCAGUUUUUAAGCCACUUUUAAUAUCUUUUCCGACUAAACGUUAUUUACAGCUGUUGCACUUGUAGCUGACUUACGUGUCAUAGACACAUGAUUUCCAGGUUAACUAUACGUCACAGUGUAAUAUAUUUCCACCGUUUUGUUUUUCAUUGGAUGCAUGGCACUAGUCAUCAUCUAGGAAAUUGUACGUGUGUUAACAACCCAUGUGUUAUAAAAAAUAACGCAUGAUGUUCUCAGCAAUGGGUGUGUAAGAAAACUACAUACUGUAUGAUGCUAAAACUCUUAUAAAAGCAUAUUAUUAACUUUCAAACACAUACCAACUAUCAUAACAUUUUUAGAAAAACUAUUUAUGGAAAUAAAAAGGUUUCUUUACACAUUAUCAUCAAAUUGUAUAGAUUAAAGGUCAUUUUUAAUUCAGGAGCAGUAUCACCUGUAGUAAUCAGUAAUGUAGUACACAGACACAAAAGACUGAAUUGGGGGGUGUUUACUGUCAAGUAUUUUAAACAGAUAUUUAAUCUAUGCAAUUUGAUGGAAAUUUGUACAGAAACUUUAUUUACAACAAGAUAUAUAUAUUUUUUUAAUGUUUUACGGGUUGCUAUGAGUUUAAAACAUAAUAAUUUUAACAUUAUUCAUUACAGAGUUGCAUGCCAAGUCAUCAGUUCCCUUUUGACACAAACGGACUGUAGUGAGUCUGGUGUGGUGGGGUGGGUAAAAUUGCAUUUGGUGACAGAUUUUCAAAGUUGGCCAAAGUUGGCCCUGCUGUUCUGUCUUUUUUUCUUCUUUUUUUUCUCAUUCUUUCUUUCUUUCUUUUUGGCUAACAUUUCAAACGAAUUCACAUUCAAGUGCAGUGAAAAUUAAUGUUUAAUAACAGCGUGUUGGUGACUAAGGGCAUCCCAUGGUGAAUUGUCGGGACUUGGUUUAAAUAUUUCUUGUAUUGUUGGUAGCUAGUCUAGCAUUGGGAUGUGUGUUCAUUGUUGUGGCUUGUCACUAGUAGUGCCUUUGUCUUUACUUGUUGAUUGCCGUUUAUUGCAACACUUUAUAAUGCAGGUAUAUUUGCAACUGAAAUCAUGAUGGAAUAUAAUGUUGUCACAAACUGAUUAUUUUUAGGAACCUGCUGAAGGUAACAUCAAUCAAGUAGAAACUAAAACAUGUCCUUAAACAAUUAAGAAGUGCUGACAAAUUGUUACAUGAUAAAUAUUCUGUAUUAAAUUGAAGUACAGACUUGGUCAACUUACUAUUUGUUUAUAAACUGAAAUUUGAAAGCACAAGGUUAAUGUAUCAGGUUUAUAGCACUGACGUUUUAAACUUAUAACUGUUUAUUAAUUAAUGUUUACAGAAUAUGUAAAUGUUAUCAUUGAUUAAAAUUUUGUUGGUAUUUUGAUUGUCUAGUAAGACAUUAUUUACUGACAGUUUUACAUCUAGAUGCGAAAAUAGCAGACAAACUAGUAAUGAAAACAGAUACUUCAUUCAACAGUGAACUGUUCCAAAUGAGUCUUCACAAAUUUGAGAGUUCUUUAAAUAUUUCAGUUUUUAUACCUAUUGAAAUAUCCUGCUUCUGAAUACAAAUGGAUAUCGGUUAGUAAAUGACAAAUAUUUAUUCCCAUUAAAAUAUAAAAGUCGACCAGUAAAAUUUCAUAUACCAUUUUUUUGAAGAAACAAAAUACUGGCUGAUUUGUAUAUCUCUAGUCCGGGUAUCAUGUUGUAAAACACUUUGUUUUAUCAUUAUGUUUUGAGAACUGCAUGAUGAACAUUCAUCUUAUGAAACAAAGAUAUGACGAAUAAGCAUCCUGAACACCCAUCGUAUGUUUUAACUCAAAAACGGUGAAUAUUGAGCAUUCUUUAAUUUGGUUUUCAUAUAAACAGAAAGUUAUAUGAUCUAUGGAACCAGAAUCAUUGAUUAAAUAGCACGGGUUCUCGUAUUGAGAAAUAUUUAACAUUAAGCAUAUGCAAUCAGGAGUUUUCAUUCUCUGUAUAUACCACGCUCAUCGUAUAUACAACAGGUUCUCUUGUGUACAGUCAUAUCUUCUUCCAACGGACAUUGCUGACUUGUACAUAAAUUUCACAUUAAGUUGGGUUUUUUGUUCUUUUUUUUUUUUUUUUACUAGAGAAAUGCAUUUGCCUAUGCAAAAUGAAAAUCCUUCAAACUGACAUUGUACAAAAAAAUAGUAAUAUUAAAUAUAUAUAUAUAAAUAUAUAUAAAUAAGCAAAUCUAGCUUAAUUGUAAAGUGUAAAUAAGCACCAUGUACAGUUUUGUAAAAAAAAACAGAUAUUACAAAAUCUCCCAAUGAACAUUGAUAGCUCACCUGUACAUCACUUCCAUGUUUCUGGAGUUUGGCGGGCAUUGUCAGCUUCCCAUUCUCCUUGUAAAAAUAAGAUGUAUAAAACUAUUUUAUAUUAUGUUAAUAAGAUUCAUUCUCAAGAGUGCAUGGACUCAUUCAUGGCCUUAUUGUUUUCUACCGAAUCUGUAUAAAUGUAUAAAUAAAGACUUUAAAAACCCUCAGUAUUGUAAAAAAAGAAUACACAUUAUAUUGGUGCUAUUGUAUGAAAUACACAAUUCCUUGAGUAAAUAGUUGUACAGUCACCUCACAGUUUGGACAGUGUAAAAAGUCUACCAUAGUCUCAUGUUAAUAGAAACACAAACAUCUGAACUGUCCCCUUCGGCAGUCCUCUUGGUGGCUGUGUAAGGGCCGUUGCCUGGUAGUUGUCAUCAGCUGUGGUUUUGUGUGCAGAGUAUUGCAUGUGAUAGUCUUAGCAAGGCAUAUAUGUAUAUGUAUUUUACUUGGCGCUUUUUUCGUUUCAUUCUUAAAUUCAUAUUGUGUAGAAAUUGUAAUAUUUGUUUACAUAGUGUAAAUGAACUGUGUACCCUCAAUAGAUGUACAUUUAUACAUUAUUUCAAUUGUAGAUUUUGACAUUUGUACAGUUGUACAUUUUCUUGUAAAUGGGAAAGUAUUUUGUGAAGUUUUUUUGUUUUAUUUCUAUCAGUGUACAGAAAUCAUGCACUAAGCACCCAAAACAGCAUCAUGUACAAAUGUCAUUGUUUAGUGCAGACUAAAUUCACUUCUUGUUAAUAUGUGCACACCACAUUGAAAUUGGGACCGUUUAUGAAUUGUUGAAUAAUUUACAUGUUUCAAUAGCAUUGAUGUAUGAAUGUAAUGAUAGACGUGAUAUCAUAACGUUGAACAAUUUUGAAAUUAUCACUUUUAUCAUGGAAGGUAAUUUAGAAUGCUAAUAGUGAAAUUUGAUCAACAAAGGUUAGAAACGUGGAAAUAUUUGUGAUGGAAGCUGCACUUCAAUUCACCUGAUAUAUAUCGGGUAGUAUUCAUUGUCACUAUUCUUUACUAAAUCUUUUAUAUAUUGCCUUAAUAGAGGCACAAAGCAGUACAUUUAGGAAUGACUUAAAGGCAUACUGUCAAGGAUUUAAAGACCUUAUUUCUCUAAAAAUUGAUAAUAAAUAAAAAUUACAUUCAUUGUUGGAAACCAAAUCUAGCUAUCACAUCACCUUAAAUGAAUCAUGAUGGAG